GCAGACCUGAGUCGCUAUAAAGGCGCCUCUUCCUCCAGGACUGGCGUCACUCCUGGGCGAAGCACGGCGCUCCACGGUCGUGCACCCAGCUUUAAGGGGGAGCUGGUUUGCUGAACGGCCGCAAGAUGGCGCAGAAGAACGCGGUGCUCUACCUGUUCGACAGGCCGCUGGAGCCCGUCUUCAUGCCCAAGGGCGACAACGAGAAAGGUGUCGUGUUUGACGUCACAGCCGACGGCCUGGCCGAUCGCUACAAGCCCAUCGCGUCGCAGAUCAUCAACAGGUUCGGCGAGGACGCCGAUCACAUCUCGGUGCAGAGGAUCACUCUGCCGGACCUCAGCAUCCCGAUGCAGAUCGGGCGGCGCGAGCAGUUCUCCCUCUUCAUCCCCAAGCACCGCAGGAUCGCUGCGCACCUCAUCACCAUCUACUUGGGCAUGCGGACCGAGAGUGACUUCAUGUCGGCGGCAGUGUACACGCGCGACGUGCUCAACCCCUACCUGUACAACUACGCACUGUCGGUGGCCAUCCUGCACCGGCCCGACACGCGCAACCUGCCCAUCCCGCCGCUGCACGAGGUCUUCCCAGAGAAGUACAUGGACAGCAGGGUGCUGGGCCGCCUCAAGGAGGAGCUCAACAUCGUGGACGCCGGCUCGCGGGUCCCGCUGGUGAUACCUCAGGACUACACAGCAUCCAACCUGGAGGUGGAGCACCGCUUGGCCUACUUCCGCGAGGACCCGGGCCUCAACCUGCACCACUGGCACUGGCACCUCGUGUACCCGUUCAACGGCCCCGCCAGCAUCGUCAACAAGGACCGUCGUGGGGAGCUCUUUUACUACCUGCACCAGCAGAUCAUGGGCCGGUACAACUUCGAGCGGUUCUGCAACAACCUGAGCCGCACGAAGCGCCUCAUCAACUGGCGCGAGCCCAUCGAGGAGGGCUACUUCCCCAAGCUGGACAGCCUGGUGUCGAGCCGUGUGUGGCCGCCUCGCCACGCCAACGCCCGCCUCUCGGACGUGUACCGCGAGUUGGACCAACUCAAGUUCGACCUUCAAGAUCUGGAGCGAUGGCGUGACCGCAUAUACGAGGCCAUCCACAAGGGAGAAGUCGUCACUGACCGCGGGCAGACGCGUGAGCUGGACAUCGACACGCUCGGCAACAUGGUGGAGGCGAGCGUGCUGACUCCCAACUCCAACCUGUACGGCGACAUCCACAACCUGGGGCACGUCGCCAUCGGCCUGUGCCACGACCCGGAUGGCCGCCAUUUGGAGACUUUCGGUGUUAUCGGUGACUCAGCCACCGCUAUGCGCGACCCGGCCUUCUAUCGCUGGCACGCGUUCGUGGACGAUAUGUUCCAAGAACACAAGAACACGUUGCCGAGGUACACCAGGGAACAGAUCGACUACCCCGGGGUUCGAGUGACGUCCGUAGAGAUAGAGGUGCGUGGCGGCCGCACCAAGAACGAGCUACAGACGUUCUGGCAGCAGAGCGAUGUGGACAUGUCACGUGGCCUUGACUUUCAGCCACGAGGCUCCAUCCUGGCGCGCUUCACGCACCUUCAGCACUCGCCCUUCUCCUACAAAAUACAGGUUGAGAACAGUAACAACAGCAACAAGAUUGGAACCGUAAGAAUUUAUCUGGCACCUAAGUUUGAUGAACGUGGCCUUCCCAUGCUGUUCACUGACCAGAAAGGAUUAUUUAUCGAACUUGACAAAUUCCAAGUAACAUUGAAGCCCAAGUCGAACACCAUCACCCGGCGCUCCGACGAGUCGUCGGUCACAAUCCCGUUCGAGCAGACGUUCCGGAACCUGGAGAAGAACCGGCCCGCCGACACGGACUCCAGCAUCAUGGCCUUCAACUUCUGCGGCUGCGGCUGGCCGCACCACCUGCUCAUCCCCAAGGGCAGCGAGCAGGGCUUCCCCUGCCAGCUGUUCGUCAUGGUGUCCAACUACGACGGCGACAAGAUCGACCAGACGAUGGAGGGCCAGUGCUCGGACGCGUCCAGCUACUGCGGCAUCCGCGACAAGCUGUACCCGGACAAGCGCAGCAUGGGCUACCCGUUCGACCGGCAGCCGCGCGACAACGUGAGCACGCUGCAGGAGUUCGUCACGCCCAACAUGGUCGUGCAGGACGUCACCAUCCGCUUCACGGGCCGCACCGUCGCCCCCAGGUCCGACGCCUCCAACACGCUCAACUAGCGCAGCGGGCCCACGCCGGCUGGCGACCGACGGCAAAGUCUAACGGUUUUACGAUUUUGGAAUCACGUGGGUCAGGGACGGCGAUCCCUCGCGAGGACGCUUUAACUCUAAUGCUGGGUUCACAAUUAAAAAAAUUAAGCGAGUGCAUAGCAAGCCAUGCACACGACCUGUGUACACGACCUGUGCGAACUGCGUAAUCGGUUCACAAUUGAAUUCUUACUGUUAAUUUCAGCCAAUGAAAUUUCGCGAACUAUGCGACAUCUGUAAGCAGUGUUAGUAAAUAAACAUAUUAACUUUCAAAAUAACGAUAAUACUAUUAUUAUCUCGACAUUUUCUUACCACAAAAUAGUUAAUAAAUAUAAACAUAUUUCUAGUCCCGCCAAAAAAGCACCCUGCUCUUCUCUCAUUGGCUGUUGUGCCAUGCGUACGCGACCGAAAUAAAAUAUAUUCAUUUCACUCCUAUGCGCACGACCUCGCUCCAUGUACACGACCAACUUUCUGCUAUUGUGAAUCGUUAGGUUAGGUAACAUGGCGUUCAUAUCCUAUGCACACGACCUACUGUUACUGUUACUGUUAUUUUUUCAAUUGUGAAUCCAGCAUAACAACCAAUUCCUAGAGGCAGGCAUUUUUCGCGAAAAGAUCUGAACACGUAUUAGACUACAACAAGAUAUACCCGCACAUGUGGUUUUUUGGUUUCUUCCUUGUGAUUGGCGGCCGUCUGCGAGAGAAGUCGUUGCCCUAUUUGGCCGAGCCACUCAGGACGCGUUUGCUUCCGUACUGAAUCACUGCGAUUGGUGUUGUCACAAUCGAUAUGUACCUGGGAGAAACUCACCCAAUCACGAAACACAGACGGUUUUAUGGUGUUUUUUUAACUUUCGUCUAGUCUCGAAAUCUUUUCGCGAAAUCUGCAUGCCCCUACGCAAUUCCUCAAACAACUGCACAGGCCACGCUACCUAGGAAGAAACUCUGGCGCCCGCCUCUUUAUCUAAUUGGUUGAUUGGUUGUGGCUACCAAGGCUGAAUCACGCCUUAUCCAUUUAACACAUGGAGGCGGUUUUACAUAUGCUAUACCAAACCCUCAAAACCCUCUCUACUGCGAAUGCACUCUACAUUUGUUUAUCUUCUAUGAAUGUAGUGUUUAUUUGCCAAUAACAGGUUGUGUCGCGAUGAAUCAUCAUCUCUACCCUUGAUACGUAUUUAUUAUGUGCCGCAUUGUAUACAAAUAUUUUGGCAUUAAAUAAGCACGAAAAUGUA